UUCGACUCGGAUCAGUUUGGGUUUGACUACGAGAGUGAGGAGACGCGCGACACAGCGUUUUCAACUGAGCUUUCGUACAUCGUGCUUUCGAGUUUACAGUGUUUUGGUUUUUCGUUGACGCCAAUGAGAACUUGAACUUUUCGUUGUGACUUAGUGGUGUUGAAUGAGCUCAGGAUAUUUUCGAGUGUUUCUAUCGAGUUGACAGUUUUUCCAAAACCAUUUCGUUCGUUAUCUUGUGAGUUUUUUUUUUUUGGAUAGCUCGCGAAUAGAUAAUGCCCUGCUGACGAUUACUGGUGAGCCGACAAGAUGGAAUGGUUAAAUUUAAUGAAAUUAGUGUUGAUAAAUGUGUUUUGUGUGGUGCGUUUCGCUUCGAGUGCUAGAUGGUCGCAUUCUGCAAUGUUAAAUCCGGAUUAUAAGUUGUUGUGGUCCUUAGGACCGGGCCCGCAGGAUAUAACUUUCGAGCUGCAAGUUAGGACGCUAGGAUACGUCGGAUUCGGCUUCUCCAAAGACGGGAGAAUGGCCGGAUCAGACUUGAUCAUCGGCUGGGUGGAUCAGGGACAGGUUCAUUUCCAGGACCGGCAUGUUAAGGACUCGCCCGGAAGUUCGAUAGAUAGGGAGCCGGAAGUUGAUCCCAGCCAGGAUUACAGACUUUUGCUGGGAUACGAAAACAAUACACACACCGUGUUGAGAUUCUGGAGGCGGCUAGACACUUGCGAUAACCACGAUAUCCCGAUCACGAAUGAUACCAUGCGAGUUGUUUGGGCCUACGACAAGUACGAACCUGUAGGCGGCGGCGUUGGUCCAAAAUCGCUGCCACAACACGACACUGCUUCCAGGGGCAGCCAGUCCUUGUAUUUGGUACAGAGGGCGGAUCAGAACGCCCCCAGUCCGGAGGAAACUGCCAGGGUUUGGGAGCUGAGGAACCCUUCUGUCGAACCGCCAGCUUUGGGAGAAACCUUGUACUGGUGCAAAGUAUUCAGGAUACCCUCGCUGAACAGGAAGCAUCACCUCAUUCGAUACGAACCACUCCAAGGCCUGACAGGAUCCAAAGGAUUGCAACACGUGGUCCUCUACGAAUGCCAAGACACCCCUCAGGUAGCCAAGCUGGCCGACGGCCCGGGACGCCUCUGUUACGAACCUAACGCUCCCUCCCUCUCCUGCAAAACGGUGGUGGCUAGCUGGGCCAGAGGUUCCGAAGGCUUCAGCUUCCCCCCGGAGGCCGGCUACCCUCUGGACCCCUCGUCGUCGAGGUUCUACCUGAUGGAGACCCACUUCAUCACCCCCACCGACGGUUCCAACGCCGCCUUGGACGGUUCGGGUUUGCGUCUUUACUACACCCCGGAGCUGAGGAGGCACGACGCCGGUGUCCUUUCGAUCGGCAUGGAUCCGAACUGGAGGCACAUCAUACCUCCCGGUCAGAACAGGGUCGUGUCUUCGGGGCACUGCGUCUCCCAGUGCACCCGACAGGCUUUUCCGCACAGCGGCAUCAACAUGUUCGCGGUCGUGAUGAAAACGCACAGGAUCGGCAAGCAGGUGGCCCUGAAGCAUAUCAGGAACGGCGUCGAGCAGCCGCCGAUCGCGUCGGACGACAACGUAGACGCCGACUAUCAGGAGUAUCGGAAGUUGGGCGCGCCCGCCAAGAUCUUGCCGGGCGACCAUCUGAUCGCCGAGUGUACUUACAACAGUUCGGGAAGAAGUGCUAUCACGCUUGGUGGACUGACUAGUCGCGAGGAGACUUGCCUAGUGAUGGGACUGUAUUAUCCGAAGCAGAAGACCCUGGCCGCGUGCCACAGUUUGCCCAGUCUGCCGACGGUGUUGCAUUCGUUGGGUAUCCAGGAGCUCAGCCCCGGGUCUAACCCGGUGAGAAUUGCCGCACCGCCAGAACUGGCCGGCAUGACCCUGGAGUCCAGAUUGGUGUCCUACGACUGGGACAACCAGUUCCAAGCCUUCCAGGACGCCACUGUCAGGGGUUCCUUCAUUCCCCUCUGUCGAACAGCGCAGUCGACUCUGUUACCGGGUACAGACAAAGACGCCCGGUAUCCCUACAUAUCGAAACCUUACCAGCGUCCGCAGAACGACAAUUGUAACUACAGGAGGUACAGCACGGAGGGCGGCUGGCCUGGAGGUACCCCACUAGUUGAAUUGGACGACAAUCACAUAGGUGGCGCCGCUCGCAGCAAAUUACCCAGGAGUAACAGUCCUUCCGCCGAAGAAUCGCUCAGCCUGAGCCGGUUCAACAGCGCGAACACGAACAUUUUCAGUUUGGCGUUACUCGUUAUUCCCACAUUGUUGAUAUGGUUCAACCGUUGAGAACUUGACGGUUGAUUUUGAUCGUUUUUCCUAACCGACUGAUAUUGAAUAGUGACUGAUGUGAUUUUAAAUAACGAUUCGCUGCUGAAGCCCCCCCCAACCUUGAGUCAACUUAACUACUAGUCCGUUCGGCCAGAAAUUCGAAUUUUGUACGAGAGUGAUAUCGUUCGCGAAUGUGACUGUGAAACCCCGUGUAAACGAGAUGGUGUAGCCGAAAAAAAAAAACAGAAAACGUUUUUAUAUUGAACAUGGAGCUUUGGAGAACGCGGAAGUGUGCAUUUGAAAACUUUCUCAGUGCGAAUGGAUGAUCGAAAUCUACGAUUGUUUAAAAAACAAAAAAUGUAUUCUUACGACUAUUUCAGAAGGCUUUUUCAUCUUGGCGCUUGAUUCCAAUGGGAAACAGUUAGGGUUUUCGUAUUUCGAAGCAGCCAACAGAGAUGGAAUGUGUUUUUUUGGAUCGAGUAUUGGAUGAGUCAAUUGAAAAUAUCAAUAGGAACACUGGGAUCAAGCGGCGUAGAGAAAAGUCAUCUUCAAUUCAAUUGGUCCAGCACUAAGCUGAUUGUUCGUUAAUCUCACUGAAGAAUCAUUUCAAUAAGUGGAAACUCGCAAACAUAGAGAAGGCAACAAGCCCGAGCAAUUAUUUAAUAUUCGAUCAACUCAACAGCAAUCGAAUAGUUAUUAAUUUCCGUGUACAGAACGAGCACAAGCUUGAUUACUUUACGCAUAAUUGCAGUCGAUUGAAUUUAAUUUAUAUUUAUUGAAUUUUCAGGGCAUUUAUUCCGAAAAUGCGAAAUGGAAUAACCAACGAUUCUGUUGAUACGGAAUUGAAUGAUUGUUCUCCGAACUCAUCUAUACAUGCCAUAGAUUGAUGUUUCGGAAUAACGAACGAAUUAGUUUCCACCUAUUCUGAUGAUCGUUCGAAGUUGUGGGGAAAUUUUUUUUUGCGGAAUUCCCCCUGCUUGAUUGUUUUUUUUUCAUUCGAUUCCCACGCUUUCCGAUGCACAAUUCCGUUUUUAGUGGAUUCGAUAAGAAACUGAGCGGCAAGUCCGCUGAAUGUGACUGACGAAAGCCGCUAGUGGUCUGUGAUGUAAGUAACUUUAGAAUUAUUAUAUAUAACUCAAAUCUAUUUUAGUUGAUUAUUCCGAUAUUUAUUUGAAAAAUUGUUUUUUCAAAUUUCUCCUGGUAGGGAUGAUGAAAAAGUUGUUUAUGCGAAGUUUUGUUCCCUCCUUCUGUAUAUUUGUAGUAUUGACUGGUGCUAUAUAUAGUUUAUACCUUCUUGUAUAUCUCCUGUAAUUUAUUAUUUAACCUUUUUAACUGAUUGUUAGAAAAAUCUUGUACAGUGUAGAUAACCUGUGUAAAAAUUUUAUAAAUAAAUCUCGAUGAUUAAAUAUCUAGCAAUAACUGAA